GCCAUCUCAGAUGGCUGGCCUUGGCGAGAUGGCACAUCACGUGACUCCGAGCCCCGCAAUGAUCCAUUACCUUUUGACGUGGACGUCCCUAGGCUUUCGGCCGUCUCGUUAUUUGUUAAGGAGAGAAUCCUUCUUGUUACUUGUAAUAUAAGGUUAGUCGUGGUCGCGAUAGAUGGCUAA